AUCAGGCGGCGCCGCGGGCACCUCUGCUCCUCGGUGAUUGGCCUGCAGCGGGGUCCUCACGUUUGUCCAAUAUGGCGGCGCCCAGUGGCGGUGUGAACUGUGAGGAGUUCGCGGAGUUCCAGGAAUUACUCAAGGUGAUGAGGACAAUUGAUGACAGAAUAGUACAUGAAUUAAACACGACGGUCCCAACAGCUUCCUUUGCAGGGAAAAUUGAUGCCAGCCAAACCUGUAAACAACUUUAUGAGUCUUUGAUGUCAGCUCAUGCCAGUAGGGACAAAGUUAUAAAAAGUUGCAUAGCGCAGACCUCAGCAGUAGUAAAACACCUCCGAGAAGAGAGAGAAAAGAAUUUGGAUGAUUUAACAUUAUUAAAGCAACUUAGAAAAGAACAGACAAAGUUGAAAUGGAUGCAAUCAGAACUCAAUGUUGAAGAAGUGGUAAAUGACAGGAGCUGGAAGGUGUUUAAUGAACGCUGCCGAAUUCAUUUCAAGCCUCCAAAGACUGAAUAAAGGAGAUUUUUUUUUUCCUAAAGGACUGGGUCAUCUCACCAGAGCUAAGCAUGACAGACAUCAACAGAGUGGGCUUCCUAAAUGAUUUCUGAGCCAACAGUCCAAGUCCUUUUGUUGAUUUCAGCCCCACUUAGCCAAGACCCCAAGUCUAAGUAAUUCUAAUAAUUAUGAGUAAUCAACUGCUAUUUUAUACUGAUUCUGUAAAAAAAAAUGUUUUGUAAGUAUUAAAAUAAUUUUCUGACUUGG